CUACACAAUAAAUUCGAAAUUGGAACAUCUUCAAUAUGUAGGAAUUGACAUAUUAAACAAUGUAUUACCAAGAGAAUUAAAUGUUUUGAGCAAUAAUUUAUUUAUAAUAUAUACAUUUGGAAGUCUGUAUCCAACGUCAGUUAAAACGAGUUCAAUACAUAUUUAUUAAAUUAUAAAUAUUACUUCUAUUACCAAAAAUAAUUAAAUAAAUAUGUAGACAAACAAUUUGCUGACAGACUUUCAUAGAUGCACACAACAUCGUGGAAAACAGCUAGUGUUAAAUUAUAAUUAAUUUUAGUGCAUAUUAGUUAGUUAAAUAGCUAAUUUGUUAGAAUGAGGAUAUUUUAUUUUGCUAUUUAAAGUAAUUUAUGUGGAAAUGGGUGCCACAGCGAAUAUUCGACAAUACAUAAUUGUUAUAUCAGUUAAUUUAACUUCUAUUGGCAUGGGAAUGACCCUGUCUUGGACGUCACCGAUGCUUGUAAAAUUGAUGAAUGAAGACACACAGCUUUCUGAACGAGUUAAUGAGGAUCAAGCUUCAUGGAUCGUGUCUAUUGGUUUCUUAAGCUCCAUCGUGUUCUUUCCAGUAUUCUAUUGGUCAGUAAAUCUCUAUGGCAGGAAGAACGUUAUGUUAUGCCUAAAUAUAUUACGAGCCACCAUCAAUCUACUGCUCAUAUUUGCUAGAGAAGUGUGGAUGUUGUAUCUUGUUAGAGGUGUUACGGGGACCUGUGAAAUUGGUAUAUUGUCUAUUAUGCCAGCUUACAGCGCGGAGAUUGCUAGUAAGCAAAUCCGUGGCGCUUUGGGCACAAUAGCACAACUGCUAAAUGCAGUUGGCAUGCUUAUAAUGUUAUCAUUGGGUCCAUAUGCGUCGUACUUAAUGGUAAACAUCGUUUAUGUCACCAUGGUUGCUGUAAUGGUCGUACCUAUGUUUUUCGUACCAGAUAGUCCAUAUUGUAUGGUUAAGAAAGGUCUCAUAGACGAAGCCGUAAAAACCCUUACAUACCUGCGAGACUCCGAACUCUUAGCCCAAGAAGAAAUAAAAGAGAUGUCUUGUGUUUCUGGUACUAAAAUAACUAGUAACUAUAUUAAGGAUGUAGCAUUCAUAAAAUCUAUGGGCAUUGCAGUUUUUUUAAGUAUCGGAGUACAAUUAGUUGGAUAUAGUUCCAUUACUCUAUAUUUACAGACUAUCCUAGAGGUAACUAAUACCAGUGUGUCUUCUGAACUGGUUUCUGUAAUCUUUGGAGUGAUGCAGGUAGUAGCGUGCUUCGUGACGGCCAUUUUGAGUGACAGAGCUGGGAGAAAGCCUAUAUUGGCGAUAACGCUCGGUGGAUUGGCGAUUGGAAUGCUCGGUCUGGGCUUGUUCUUCCACGUGAAAGAUUCUGGAGACACAAUCAAUGGUUUCAUGAACUACUUACCUCUUGUAUCAUUAGUUAUAGUGGUUAUUUGUUACAACGCUGGUAUUGGUAGCUUAUGCGUAGUUUUGAUAGCCGAACUCUUCGAUAACUUAACGAGAUCCAUCGGAAUUUCAGUCUGCAUAACACUUACCAUGAUCGUUGGCUUUUUAAACCUGAAAUAUUUCCCACUACUAACAGAAACCCUGGGGUCCGCUACCGUCUUCUGGUCGUUUGCGGUCAUCUCUCUGAUAUACAUGAUAUUUGUAUUGUUUUGUGUGCCCGAAACGAAGCAAAAGUCCUUCUUGGAGAUUCAGGGAGUGCUGGGAAGAAAAUAAUAAAAUAAAUCUAUUUAUUUUACCUCAGGAAUCGAUAGUGCGUUAGAUAUUUUAGUAGGUAUUAUGUACUAUAAUUGACAUCUUAGGAAGUUCAAUUUCAUUAUAUAGGUAGGCUCCUUAGUUUGAGCUGUUUUUGUAGUUACUAAAAAUGUUAAAAAAUUAUCAGCUUUCUUUCGUUCGGUCUUGCGAUUCCAAAACGUUCCAAUUUAUAGGAUGGUACGAAAAAAUGCUAUUGAAUUUAGGAACCUAACCUUAUCAGCACCUUAAGAGCUAGCGCGCACCGGUGACUUUUGUCAACAUGACAAAAAAGUUUUUGUCGCUGUCACGUCACGCCUCCAAAGCGAGGUGCGCUCACGAAAGGUGACAGUGACAAUUUUUUUUUAAAGCUUCAUUUGGAUUUCGACCGUCUCGGUCGUCAUCUGUGAGCUUAUAAGGAAACUCAAAAGAGAAAAAAAGCGAAAAGAAUUUUAACCAUGUUUCAUAAACUUCGGGAACAUCCAAAGAAUUUUUUUGGGUAUAUUCGAAUGAGUGUUAGAAGUUUUGAUGAAUUACUUCGCA